AUGGUCUACCGCAUGAUGGUCAUCUAUGGCGUCCGUAAUCUUUUCAUGGGGAGUGCAAUCUUUUCGGCCUCCCUGAACGGCCAUACCUCUACCCUGGGUUGGCUGCUGGCCUCGGUCGGUGCUGUCACCUUUACCGAUGGUUUCGUUUGCGGUAAGGGCGAGUGGAACCACUGGGGAUUUGUGCCUAUUGCCACGGGUACUGGUGCCCUGCUUCUCGGAUUCACUAUCGAGUUUGGCGAGGUCCCUCAACUUGUGGGAACGCUAGAUGAGACUCUUUUAGACUGGAACAUAUUCUUUAAUAAAUUGACGAGAACUUACCAGUUCCCACCAACUGACGAGACCGUCACAGUGGAAGAGGUCUUCCUCGAAAUGUUUUGGCUGCGAAUCUACACGCCCAAGGCCAAGAUCACUGUAAGAACCACGCCACUCCCCGUGGCUGUUUAUUUCCAUGGUGGCGUCUUCGCCAUGGGGUGCGUUGAUCUGGAAGAAUGUCUUCUGCCGCCAUCUCAGCAGAUCUCCUCGGAUCCGCAUCGUGAGUGUGUCGAAUACCGCCUCGCGCCCUGCUGCAAGUUCCCCGCCGCGCUGGAAGACACAAUCGCUGCGGCCGACUGGCCGCUUUCCAACCCUCCACCCCUCGGACCUCCCGGGACUAAGGCAUCAUCCUCUCAGGCACCGCACCCGGCGGCAACCUGGCCCUGGGUACGGCACUGCAUCUCGCCGAGCACGGCAGCGGGGACCACCAAGUCGGCCAUGCAUGACUGGCCGGAUGCGUACGGCCUACCGUCGCCCCGUGAUCCGAGGCUGUCGCGCCUCGUGCACCCAAACCUGGGGGCUUUGAAGGGCAAAUGUAGCGUCUAA